GGUAUGGAUUUUAUUCACAGUUUCUUGAAUUUGAUUCUCCCCCCUAUUGCUAUUAUUUCUAUUAUUUUCUUUAUACCACCUUUUUUAUUCUACAAGUUGUUUAAUUACUUCUUCAUCAAAGCAUUUAUUCCAACCCAAAACUUGGCUGGAAAAGUUGUCCUCAUCACAGGUGCCUCCUCAGGGAUCGGUGAGAACUUGGCUUAUGAGUAUGCAAGGAGAGGAGCUAAUCUAGCCCUGGCAGCUAGAAGAGAGAACCGGCUUAAGAGGGUGGCCGAUGAAGCGAUCCGGCUAGGAUCACCGGACGCAAUUGUGAUCCGAGCAGAUGUUAAGGAAGUUGAAGAUUGUAAAGCACUUGUUGAAGAGACAGUGAACCACUUUGGACAAUUGGAUUAUUUGGUGAAUAAUGCUGGAGUUGUACAACUGAGUUUGUUUGAAGAUUCCACUGAUCAAUUCUCAACCACCAGAUCAAUUAUGGACAUAAAUUUCUGGGGUUCAGUGUAUUGUACCCAAUUUGCAAUUCCACAUCUAAGAAAAAGCAAAGGAAAGAUAGUGGUUAAUUCUUCAUCUGCUACAUGGUUUUCACCACCAAGAAUGAGCAUCUACAAUGCUAGCAAGGCAGCCCAACUGUGCUUUUUUGAGACAUUAAAGGCUGAAUUUGGUUCUGAUAUUGGAGUAACAAUUGUGACUCCUGGGCUGAUUGAGUCAGAAAUGACAGGAGAUCAGUUUUGGUCAAAGACUAGAAUUAAAGGUGUCCCAGUUGAGUCAGCUGAAAGGUGUGCUAAGGCUAUAGUGGAAAGUGCUUGUAGGGGAGAUAUGUACUUGACUGAGCCAUCUUGGUGCAGAGCUGGAUUUUGGUACAAAUUCUUUUUUCCUCAAUUAGUUCAGAAAUGCUUCCACUUGGCAUUAAUUCAUAGACCAUGGACUUUAAACAAACGUGAAUAAAAGAGAUCAGAGUCUGGGAUUUUAAGCCAAGUGCUUCUCUACCAAUUAUAAUCUCUUAAUUUAUGGCCUAAGAGGAUUAAAUGGGUCAAAUGUAAGUUGGAUUUCUUGGUUUUUUUUUUUUAUAAUUUCGUUAAGGGUAUAUGGUUUUUGCUUUUGUAAUAAUUGAAUCAGCAGAUAGUGUUAGGU